GGGAGGCUGCUAAGCACAGCCGCACCUCGGCUCGCUCGCCAGCCCCGCGGCUGAACCCCGGCGCACCAGAGCCUGGCAGCGACCUGCCCAUGGGCUCCCGCCUGCUGCUGGCACUGCUGCUGCUGCUGCUCCAGGCAGUUUGGAAAGGUGCUCUGGGAAAAUCCCAUUCACUGCACACCCGAGGAAUCAUUGAAUUGGCAGGAGCUAUAUCGUGUGGCACAGGACGGUCUCCCUUGGCGUAUAUUGGCUACGGAUGCUACUGUGGACUGGGAGGACAUGGCUGGCCUAAAGAUAAAACAGACUGGUGCUGCCACAGGCACGACUGCUGCUAUGACAAGGCAGAGAAGGAAGGCUGCAGCCCCAAGAUGCAGCGCUACCAGUGGGCAUGUGAGCAGAAUGCCGUGCAGUGCGAUAACCUGACAGACCGGUGUGAAAAAAUGGUGUGUCUGUGUGACCAAGAGGCAGCCAAGUGUUGGGGAGCAGCCCCAUACAACCCACACUUCGUCCUCUGGCCAGACUUUUUAUGUGGACAGACUCAUCCCACCUGCCAUUUCGGAUAUGGGGGGCCAGAGUAGGUUUUUUCAGGACCUUUCUUAUAACCCUUUGAAUCUGAAGGCGCUGGAAUAAAAUUUUACCUUUUUUACCAGGGAUAACAAUGGUGUGAGAGAAUUUC